AUGAAGGGGAAGAAUACAGGCAAAAUCAUUCGGCCAAGGGGGCUCAAGAGACAGCAACACAAGAACGACGUGGAGCUCGACCGCUUGACGACUGAGCCAAAGUUCUGUCCAGAUGGCACGAAGGGACGCCGACUGUUACCAAACGUUGCACGAAUCAGCAGUUUUUUGCCCAACAGCCCUUUCCCCGGGACAGAGCUGACUUACUUCUCGCCGUCACUGGGACCCCUGACACCCUCAGUGCGAUACUUAUUCUAUGAGUUCCACUAUGAGGUCUCGAAAAAGCUCUAUCCCCGGGUCUUUUGCCGCCAGUCAAAGGAGAUUGAGUCGAGUUGGUUCGAGCUUGUAAUUGGGAGCCCGAGCGUUUUCCACUGCGCCAUGGCUGUGACAAGAGCCCGUAUAUCUCAAUACCAGGGCUACAAUGCUCAAUCCCUUGAGUCUAACGCUCAUUUCUUGCAAGCUUUGCGUUUGCUGCGUAAUGAUCUAGAAUCCAAUUCCAAGCCUCAGGAUUCUAGUAUCGCCGUGGCCAUCUCACUUGCCAUCUAUGCCAACCUCAGCGGCUCUUAUAGUGAAAGCCGAAUACAUCUCCAGGGCUUGAAGCGCAUGCUUGAACUACGCCCCGGUGGACUUGCAAUGUUAUGCCAGAAGGCUCCAGAGGUGGGCAAUAAGAUACGGCGCACUGACUUGGAGCUUGCGCUCAUGACAGGAACACCAAUUCUUUUCGGUUCUCAGAAAUUGACGACUCCGGUGCCUCCCUAUAUUGCUCCAUUGUACGAACAAAAGCCAUGCGUUACCCUGCCGGACUCAUUGAGUGAGGCCAGUUCGGAGGUCCGUUCCGCGAUGAUGGAUGUCCUGGCCCUUUGCUCUUUUGCUGGCAGUGCACAGCUCAGCGCCUUUCAGUAUCAAGACCUGGUUAUAUCCAUCUGCCAACGUCUGAGUGACUAUGCCCCGCUCAAUGAUGAGAGGCCGGUACAACCGCUAGAUGACGUCUGCCAACUGGGUCUUCUUGCCUUCAUGAGUACAUUCCUGAGUCGUCCUCGUGAAGUAAAUCCUACCUACUUUACUUUGCUCUCUGACUUAUUCCGACGACGUCUUGAAAUUUUCGAUAAUAUCUUGACAUAUGGUCAACCAGACAAUGACCCUUCAUUAUCUCUCUGGCUUUUAUUCAUCUACGCUGUGUCGUCACCACGCUAUGAGGAAUGCUGCCAGGCAGACUCAUUUGUUGGGAGGCAUAUUCUUGAGCUGGCAACUACACUCACCCUCGAGAUGUGGGAAGAUGUUGCAGCACACUUGACUAUGUACCCAUGGGUGGCAGCAUUCCACGAUGGACCAAGCAAAAAGCUCUGGAAUGCAGUUUAUAAAUGA